CACCCCAAACAGGAAGGCUUUGUUCUUGCGUAUCAUGCGCCUUUUACCAUCGCACCUCAUGUCGCCUCGGUAUAGCUACCGACAAUCGGAGUCAUGUUCCUUGUGAGAGAGCACCUCAGGAGCUUGGAUUGCCCCUCUGAACGAGUCAGUUUGCGAUCUCACGCCGCGGCGAUAGGCAACCAUGAUGACAAGUUCCAUGCGGGCGGCGGCUCUCAUUCCCAACGCGGCGCUGCACGAGCUUGAGCAGCAGCCUGCGCCACCGUUUGGCCAUGCGCUAGCGAAGUACUUCUUGACGAGGCCUGACUAUCUGAACCUCAAUCAUGGGUCGUAUGGGUCUUGCCCGAAGCCUGUGCUUGAGUGGGCAUUCGAUCUCGACAGGGAGAUUGAGGGGAACCCCGACCUGUUCAUGCGCGUCGACUGUGCGCCCCUCCUCGCGAAAGUCCGACAGCAGCUCGCGGACUUCAUCGGUGUGAAGCAGAACGAGGUCGUAAUUGUCCCCAACGCAUCUCACGGUCUCAACACCGUGCUUUGGAACAUUGAAUGGGAAGCAGAUGAUACGAUCCUCGUCUGUACCACGACGUACAACUCAAUCGAGAAGACGGUGACCUACCUUCACGAUCGGGCCCCCCACCCCUCCAUCUCCCAAUUCGUCCUCUACCACCCCACCACGCGGGAGAAGAUCCUCAGCGACUGGGAAACCCACGUGAAGGAUCUCGCCGCCAGCAAGACCUCCGGCAAGAUCGUCGCCGUCAUUGACUCCAUCUCGUCGAACCCCGGUAUCCUUCUACCCUGGGAGAAGAUGGUCACCAUCGCGAAGAAGUACGGCGCGCUCACCGUCAUCGACGCCGCGCAUUCCAUUGGGCAGGAGCCGAACCUCAAGGGAAAAAUAGCGGAGUCGGACCCGGAUUUCUUCGUGUCGAACGCACACAAAUGGUUGUUUGCGAAGAGGGGCGCCGCAUUGUUCUACGUACCGGAACGCAACCAAGGCAUCGUGAAGGCCACCUUCCCGGUGUCUGCGACAUACAAGUCACCCAAGGACAGGAAGACUCCGAACGAGAGCUUCGUCGUACAAUACGACUGGAACGGUACCACCGAUUGGGCAAAUUACCUCAGCAUUCCCGCCGCCCUCAAGUUCCGCAACUGGCUCGGUGGCGAGGACGCGAUCAUCGCCUACAACCACAAGCUCGCCUUCGAGGGCACAAAGCGCAUGGCCGAGAUCAUGGGCACGGACAUGAUGUACCCCGAGGACACCGGCUUCGAGCUUUCGAUGGUUAACGUCGCGCUUCCGCUGCCGCCGUUUGGCAAGGGACAGGAGGAGCUGAGCCACAAAGCGCAGGAUUUAUUCCAGCGGAAAGUGCUGGAGGAGCGCAAGGUGGGGGCCCCGAAGUUUGAGCACAAUGGGCGGUUGUGGACGAGGUUGAGCGGGCAGGUCUGGCUUGAGAUGGAGGACUUCGAGAAGACGGCGCAUCACAUCAAGGAGGCCUGCAAGGAGAUUAUCGAGGAGUUGGGGCUGGACAAGUACGUCCCGCUGGCCAAGGCUGCUACGCAUGAACAGCUGAAAUCGGAUCCAGUGGGACGUAGAGGGAAGGAACAAGUCGUGUACCAUAUCAUCCAGCGUCACAGGUAGCAGAAUACAAAGAGACGUUGGUGCCGAAA